AUGAACUUUGCCAUUAUCUUCGCUUGCGUGGCAGCCGUGGCCAUCGCCGCCCCUCAGUACAGUUACGUUACAUCUGACUCCAGCGAAGAAGUCGAAUUUGUGCCGAUCCUGAGGGAUGAUCGCGUCCACGAGGAAGAUGGAACUUAUAAGUUUGACUUUGAAGCUGGAAAUGGCAUCCGUUUCUACCAGUCUGGAUCCCCUGAUGGAGACGAGGACGCUGUUAUCAAGACAGGGGAAUAUUCGUACACUGCCCCUGACGGCACCCACAUCCACGUCCGCUUUGUGGCUGACGAGAACGGCUUCCAGCCUCAGUCUGAGGCUCUUCCUGUGGCUCCCGAGUUCCCCCACCCAAUCCCUCAGUUCGUCCUCGACCAGAUCGCCUUCGCUGCCGAGGAGGACGCUGCCCGCGCUCGUAAGGAGUCAGAGGAAGUGUCUUCUCCAGCAGGAUUUUAUCGCUACCCUCAAUAACGGACAAGAACUGACUCUGAUAUGUAAUUUAUUGAACAUUUAAAUGCACU